UCAUGUUGUCUGUCCUCUUUCUCCAUCAGGGAGACUCUAGUCCAGUGUGUGACAACAUCUCAGGCAUGGUUAUGACCCCUACUGCAACACAGACAGCAGCCAACGUAGACCAGGAUGUUGUUCACUGCGCCAGCGUCCACUUCUCUCACUCCAAAAACCAGGAAGUCCCUCUGUACUCCACCGUCCAACUGCCUCAACCCCAGAAACAGGACGAGGAUGUCCAGUACGCUGCUGUGAAAUUCAACCGCCCCACUGCUGCCACCCAACCUGCAGCAGCACAAUCAGCUGAGGAGGACCCCUCUGUGAUCUAGAGUCAAGGCAGUCAACAAACCCAGAACCAAGAAGACCUGAACACAACAAACCCUGAACCAAGAAGACCUGAACACAACAAACCCAGAACCAAGAAGACCUGAACUCAACAAGUUUUACAAAAACCCAUAUAUUCAAAAUAAGUGCCAUAAAGCUUGAGGGGGUGUGGAAUAUUGGCCAUUAUAAACUGGGUGGUUUAUACUACGGCUAAGGGCUGUUCUUGACACAAAGCGGAUAUGCCGUGGUAUA